GAGAGCAUGCAUCUAUGCACGGGCGUGGACCACAUAACCAAGCAAAGUUCAAACUCGACACCCCAAGACAACACUGAGUCAUGACAGGAUGUGAAAGUUUUAGAACAUUGCAAAACGUACCAUGUUCAAAAGCUCGAAGAGACGAUACAAAGCAGGCCAGUGAGGCAGGAAAUCAUGACGAUGCCACGCCCAACCCACGCUCACACGGCUUUCUUCAAGGAGUCUUACUCUUCAAAAGGCAUGACUCUUAUGAUAGAGGAGAUCCACUUCCUCACUACAGCCACUUCAUGGGCUGCCUGAAAGACACCUUCACGGACACCUCGACCCACAGUGUCCAAGUUAAUGCUAACAGCAGGGGAGCCUCCACAGCUGCAGCGCAGCAGCCGAUAUGAAACGUGCCUCUCCAGACGCACGGCGGUGACCGGCGCAUUACACCGGCGUCGAUGUGGAGGUGUCCCGGUGCGUCGUCGUCCGAACAUCGAACAAGUGAUGCUGUGAGCUGCACUGUUGCUCCCCUGUCGCCUCGCGUCUCUGCAGCAAACCGGGCUGGAAAUGGUCCCAUGCCCGACUUACCGGAGGCGUUCAAAGGUUGGACUCUCAGUCAACAGAGGGUCCCAGCCACAAACCCAUAAGCCACCAACCUCCUGCCUGGCGAGAGUCGUACGUCUGCCUGCGUGCAUCUAAACGGCAUGAAGACAGCAGGGAAACUUACACCGUAGGACUGCCUGUGAGUGUGUGUGAGUGUGUGUGUGUGUGUGUGUGUGUGUGUGUGUGUGUGUCUGUCAAGGUGGAGAGUUAAGAGGAAGACCGGACUCAUUCAAGUCAGCAAAACCGAGCCAGCUGCUGCGUAUGUGUGUGUCAGGUUUAUGCAGUCCAGCACGUGAGUGUGUGUGUGUGUGUGUGAGGGGCUAGUGUUGACCAGGCUAUGAGUGCGUCUCAGAGGGAGAGGCCGUUCGAUGCUGAGUUGAGCUAAGGGAGCAGACCAGGAGAAUCUGUAAGAGGAGCAGCCAUGGGGCUCGGACAGUCCAGCAAGGCUCCGGUCACCGAGGACACGGACGAGGUGAAUUUCGACCACUUCCAGAUCCUGAGGGCAAUAGGAAAAGGAAGCUUCGGAAAAGUCUGCAUUGUGCAGAAGAAGGACACGAAGAAGAUGUACGCCAUGAAGUACAUGAACAAGCUGAAGUGCGUGGAGCGGAACGAAGUGAGGAAUGUCUUGAAAGAGCUGCAGAUAAUGCAGAACCUUGAGCAUCCGUUCCUGGUCAACUUCUGGUAUUCCUUCCAGGAUGAGGAGGACAUGUUUAUGGUGGUGGACUUGCUCCUGGGAGGAGACCUGCGCUAUCACCUCCAGCAGAACGUCCACUUCUCUGAGAGCACCGUCAAGCUCUACGUCUGUGAACUGGCCCUGGCGCUGGGAUACCUCCGUACAAAGCGCAUCAUACACAGAGACAUCAAACCUGACAACAUACUACUGGAUGAACAUGGACACGUCCAUCUAACAGACUUCAACAUCGCAGCCAUUGUAAAAGACGACCUAAAGGCAACGUCCAUUGCUGGGACCAAGCCGUACAUGGCUCCUGAGCUGUUCCAAACCUUCGAGGGGUCCCACCCUGGCUACUCCUUCUCUGUCGACUGGUGGUCGCUGGGCAUCACAGCAUAUGAGCUACUGAGAGGACAGAGACCAUAUGUGAUGAGAUCCAGCACACCGGCAAAUGAGAUCCUUCAGACCUUCCACAAGGUCCAUCCCAGCUACCCGGCAGCCUGGUCUUUGGAGAUGAAGUCUCUACUGAGAAAGUUGCUGUGCAUAGAUGUCCAGAAGCGCAUUUCCUGUCUAGCAGAGCUACAGGAUCUGGACUACAUGUCACAUGUCAACUGGGAUGCUGUGCUCAGCAAACAGCUUCCUCCCGGCUUUAUUCCCAACAGGCGGAGACUAAACUGUGACCCGACAUUUGAGCUGGAGGAAAUGAUCCUGGAGUCCAAGCCACUUCACAAGAAGAAGAAACGGCUUGCAAGAAAAAACAAGGACCAGGGAUCUGAUGGGUCUCCACAGAAUGGUCAGUUGCAGCAGAGAUUGGAUAAUGUCCACAGAGACUUCAUUGUCUUCAACAGAGAAAAGUCAAAGAAAGCAGUGGUGGACUCAGACUCCUCUGAGCUGUCCAUGAGUGAGAAGAACAAGGCGAUAGAGGAUGGACAGAACAACAACGUUGAACCGGCUGCCUUCUUAUCAGGAUAGGUCUCGAGACCCGAGAAUCCCAAACGUAGUCCCUUACCACUUGCACCUGCCUACAGCUUGUAGAUCAGCAGUUUACACAAAGACACAUAUUGUUCUAUCAGCACAGGCACUCAUCUCCAAUGUCCCCGCACCACAACACGUACUCAUGCAUCACUGUUCGCCCACAAAACCCACAUCGAGGUCUGCGGAACUGCAGGAGUAAAAAAAAAAAAAAACGGACUCCCGGAGCAGCAGUCACGUCACACCGAGGCUUUUGGCUUUCCUGUCACAAAGAAGAUGGACUCUCAGCAGAUCUCAUGUCACGCUCCUUUUCAUCACUCUGGUGCUCUACGGUCUGCUCGACCUCUACUCUGGGCAGCGUGCUGAAGUGGAAAGGAGGUCACUCCCCUGCCAAAAAAUAAAUACAAUUUUAAAAAAAGGAGACAAUGCCACACCUGCUCAGCUGUCACGGUAAUAAAGUGUUGACGUGGUUAGCGUUGGCCGAAAGCUGUAUGUGCCGCUGCUGACUUGGGGGCGGGACACUCAGGCGUCUUCUCUCAGCCAAUGCACUUCCUGGUUAAUUCCAGUUAAUUUCAAUACGACAAUGGUUCUCCAGCGCUACGGAAAUGGACUCAACGAGAAUUGGCACGAGGGUGGACGCCUUCGUCCCGUUGCGAUACACAGGACUCGAGCAUGACACUAAAGAGUACAACACAUUCAAACGGAGAGGUACACAGAUUCCUCUACGAUAGAAAAUGAAGAGCUGAACUGUAGGCUUGGAUGCGAAUGGCUCACUUUAUCAUAGCGGCAGAUACAUGGUGGUCGUGGUCAUUAAGCUUAGCUUAGCUAGUCAAGCUAACGAAGAUGGUAGGAUAGGCGACUGCAAGUUUUCUUUUCACUUGCGUACGCUUUAAGUUACUAUCAAGUCAAAGACUGGAAUUUUAAAUGCAUUUGACAAACAAUGGUUUUAAGGUUCACCUUGAAGGUCCACUCUUGACCUUGGAAGUUUUAUGAAGUCUCUGAAGUUCAGGCCACCAGGUGUGGUUGAAAGCUCCGAGCACAACAGCAAGAUCAAUCUGCCAAUGACCGGCAGGGGCUUUAAAUAAAGUUUUAUAGCCAUACAAAUGUAGAAAAGGUAGAUGGUAGGUGUUAUAUGUUUUGCACUGAACCUCGCUUUGCACAUGCUUCUUCAUCAACUGUAGCAUUUAUGCACAGAGAGACAAAAAAAAAUCUAAAGCUGUGAGUGAACACUUAUUCCCUUAGGGAUGGUUUUAUAGACGUGGAUUAAGCUGAGUCCUAGAUAAGAUUUAUUUUCAGUAACUGUACGCAUUGAAAUUCGAUUUUUGUCAAAUAAGGUUUGUGCCCUUCUUUUUUUGUGUUUAAUACACCCAAUUACAUGUGCCACCAGAUAAGUCCGUAAAUUAGUAUUCAAAAUGCUCCCAUGGAAUAAUAUAAUACAUUCUGCGACAAACCUCUUGUGCAAAUUGUAUUCAGCAGUAAACACAGUGGGGAAAAAAAUCCUAAUAUUAAUUUUCACAUUCAAAGUUGUUAACAACAAAACAACGAUGGAACUAAUAAGCACUAGGCCAGAUAUUACCCCUUGUUUAUUCAAUUAAAAAUGUACUUUAAGAUUUGUCUGAAACUAUGUCUAAGAAACCACACCUGUCUCUGAAGUUUUGGAGGGAUGCCUUAUUACAUAGAUAUGGCACACAGCUCUAUCCCUUAAACUGUACAUGUAGGUAGGAAAAACCUGAUAUUUUUUCAAAAUCAGUCAGUAAAAGCCAUUUCUACUUCUGUCUAGUCAUCCUACUGACCUCGAUCAUAUGUGCAAUACAACUCAAUCCUUUCAAGUCUAUGGUACUUGUUAUAAUAUUUAAAAUAGAUUUCACUCUAUUCAGUUCAUUACUGUUGGCACUUUUCUAUUGAAAAUUGGUACAGCGUUUUGACUUAACUUUGUGUUGUUGUUGUUGUUGUUGUUGUUGUCGUUGUUGUUGUUGUCGUCAUUGAUGUAUAUUUACAGAUCCACCGGUGGUUUUCUGUACAAGUUAUGAGAUCUAGUGGGAUAGUUAAACAGAUAGAGUGAUCCUGGGUAUACUCGGGGUAAAUUAUAUUUGUGAAUUAUUAUCUUACUUUAUUCAACAUAAUCAUCUGAUGUGGUCGAUUUAAAAAGUGAACAUUUAAAUAAUAAUUGACAAAUAGUAUUUUACACCGGUAAUAACAUUUUGUGUUAAUAAAACCUACCCCAAAACCUAAAAAAACAAUUAAGUCUGGGAACAGAUUAGUUUCACACCUGUGAAUUUCAUUCCAGUUUUGUUGUCCUUCAGUUGUCACUUUGUGUUUAUUGUAUUCAAAUGUGAUGGAGUUGCAAACUAUUAAGGUGUGCCUUAAAAAAAGACUUUCUUUUUCUGAACCAA